AGCGAGAACAAUCUCAGUAUCUACUGGCAUCUACGAAUAUCGAAGCGAUGAAGUUAAUUGUGACAUUACUUCUGGUCGUGGCGCUCGUGGAUCUAUUCCAUUGUACACCAACGGAUCGCAAAGCUGAUUAUGUAAUAGACAAUAGCAGUUCUAAAGAUCCUGAAGAUAAACCUGUACCAAGUUCAGUCACAGAGAAAUGGGAAGUGGCUGGGUCAGCCGCGAAAGUUGUCAAUCUCGAUGAUUCUGUACCCGUGAAAACACACGAAGAAGCUAAGAGUCCGGUCGCGACUGCGGAACCUACCACUUCUAACGGCUUUCUUAGUUCUUCAAACACUGAAAAUACGAGCAGUCCAAAAUACCAUCCUCAACAACAGAAACCACACCCUCAGUUAUACUCACAAGAAAACCCUCAGUUAUACCCACAAAUCCCUGAUACAUAUUUUGUAUACCCAGUAGCAUAUCCUCAACCAUACCUCCAGCAGUAUACUCCAGUUGUUGAAUAUUCUCAACUGAAUCAAGCCCCUGGAAUUCCAAGGUACUCUGUUCUAGUGCUAUAAGCUGCCACAGAACAAUAGAACUAAACAAUAAGGCAAAAACUUUGAAUUUCUAUCGACUUUGGUGUCUUCGAUUUACUUGGUGUUAUUGUUCAAUAAAUGUUUGAAACUUA